CCCGGGCCGCUGCGGCAGUUGGGCGCUGGGAUUGCGGCCGAGCGGUGGGACGGAGAGAGGACAAACCGAAUACAAACUGCCAAAAUAUAUGUGGAGCUGUUACUUGGAAAAAAGAAAAAUAAAGCAGGAUAUAUGAGUGAUACAUGGUAGUAGAAUUCAGCAUACAAUUAAAAUGACAACCUCCUGGAGUGAUCGAUUACAGAAUGCUGCAGAUAUGCCUGCUAAUAUGGAUAAGCAUGCCCUGAAAAAGUAUCGACGAGAAGCCUAUCAUCGGGUGUUUGUGAACCGAAGUUUAGCCAUGGAAAAAAUAAAGUGUUUUGGUUUUGAUAUGGAUUAUACCCUUGCUGUGUACAAGUCCCCGGAGUAUGAAUCCCUUGGCUUCGAGCUCACUGUGGAGAGAUUAGUUUCUAUUGGUUAUCCCCAGGAGCUGCUCAGCUUUGCUUAUGAUUCUACAUUCCCUACCAGAGGGCUUGUCUUUGACACACUGUAUGGGAAUCUUCUGAAAGUUGAUGCCUACGGGAACCUCUUGGUGUGUGCACACGGGUUUAACUUCAUAAGAGGGCCAGAAACUAGAGAGCAGUAUCCAAACAAAUUUAUCCAACGAGAUGACACUGAACGAUUUUACAUUCUGAAUACACUAUUCAAUCUGCCAGAGACCUACCUGUUGGCCUGCCUAGUAGAUUUUUUUACUAAUUGUCCCAGAUAUUCCAGCUGCGAGACAGGAUUUAAAGAUGGGGACCUGUUUAUGUCUUACCGGAGUAUGUUCCAGGAUGUCAGAGACGCUGUCGACUGGGUCCACUACAAGGGCUCUCUGAAGGAAAAGACAGUUGAAAACCUUGAGAAGUAUGUAGUCAAAGAUUGUUUUGUUCAUCAUACUACAUUUCAGGGAAAACUGCCUUUGCUUCUGAGCCGGAUGAAGGAAGUAGGCAAAGUAUUUCUUGCCACCAACAGUGACUAUAAGUAUACAGACAAAAUUAUGACUUACCUGUUUGACUUCCCACAUGGCCCCAAGCCUGGGAGCUCCCAUCGGCCAUGGCAGUCCUAUUUUGACCUGAUCUUAGUGGAUGCACGGAAACCGCUCUUUUUUGGAGAAGGCACAGUACUGCGUCAAGUGGACACUAAAACUGGCAAGCUGAAGAUUGGAACCUACACAGGCCCCCUGCAGCAUGGCAUUGUCUACUCAGGCGGCUCAUCGGAUACAAUCUGUGAUCUGUUGGGAGCCAAGGGCAAAGACAUUUUAUAUAUUGGAGAUCACAUUUUUGGAGAUAUUUUAAAAUCAAAGAAACGGCAAGGGUGGCGAACUUUCUUGGUCAUUCCUGAGCUUGCCCAGGAGCUACAUGUCUGGACUGACAAGAGUUCGCUUUUUGAAGAACUUCAGAGCUUGGAUAUUUUCUUGGCUGAACUCUACAAGCACCUUGACAGCAGUAGCAAUGAGCGCCCAGACAUUAGUUCCAUCCAGAGACGUAUUAAGAAAGUCACGCAUGACAUGGAUAUGUGCUAUGGGAUGAUGGGGAGCCUGUUUCGCAGUGGCUCCCGGCAGACGCUCUUUGCCAGUCAAGUGAUGCGCUAUGCGGAUCUCUACGCUGCAUCUUUCAUCAACCUGCUGUACUAUCCGUUCAGCUACCUCUUCAGAGCUGCCCAUGUCCUGAUGCCUCAUGAGUCCACGGUGGAGCACACACACGUGGACAUCAAUGAGAUGGAGUCCCCCCUCGCCACCCGCAACCGCACAUCAGUGGAUUUCAAAGACACUGACUACAAGCGGCACCAGCUGACCAGGUCCAUCAGCGAGAUUAAACCCCCCAACCUCUUCCCCCUGGCCCCCCAAGAAAUCACCCACUGCCAUGACGAAGAUGAUGAUGAGGAAGAAGAAGAAUGAGGAGGAAAAUCCAAACCUGACCAUCCAUUAAUCAAGCGCUGGAAGAACUCACUCACGGGAGCAAGGCUGUCCUUGUUUGGGUUCUCCCAGGGAGGGCGGGGGGCUCCAUCAGAAGUACAUCUGGAAAGUUUCUGAAGACUUUAAAGUUAUCUAAUCACAGAGAGAUACUUCUUUCAGUUUUAUGUAUCUGUAUUUUUUGUGUGGAAUGGUUCAGAAUCCCAAUGGAGUCUGUACUGGAAGAAAGUAAGGGUCAAGGCGGGUUGAAGCGCACACAGAUGGCUGUGUGGCCCGCGGCCAUGUCUCUCUCGUCAUCGGUGUUGUCUCGGUGUGCUAGGGUGGUGUGUGGCUUCGGGGUAGAGGGACGUGGGAUGAGGGAUUCACAAAUGCUAUUACUCCAAAAUCCAACUUCUUCAGUGCUUCACACAGUAUCGUAUACCAGUGGAGAAAUGCAUUAUUUCCAUUAUCAAGUGUAGUUUUCUGCUAAGGCCAAGUUUCUUUUCAUAAGUUGAAUAUCCUCCCUGGCCUGGCAAGGCUGUGGCUCUGUCAGGGCCAGACUGGCUGGACUGCAAGGAUUCUAUCUUGAAGCAAAAACCCAUCCUUUUUACAUGUCUUUUAGGUUGUGAUAGCACAAAUGCUUGUUAUCUAAAAACAACAUUUUUCUCAUCUGAUAAAUCUGUAAAAGAAUACAGCUGAAAGAAGUCAAAAGGAGCAAACUGCCAGAAAGGGAAAGAAUGAGCCGCCUCAAUUUAUUGCACAACUGAGUAAAAUUAAUUACUGUGGCCUAUAAUUACGGUUCCUGCUACCCAGUUCCACAUUGCCCACACUGGGCAAAGGAUAAGAGGGUGUUCUGAGCCAGACCUUACCACAGCAAAAGGCACAACCAGCUCACUUCAGAAUCCUAAGUGGAAUCACUUGUUUUUAACAAGAAUGAUUCAGCACACAUUAGGGCUUUAGAACGGCCUCGCCAGUGAGGGAAAGUGGUUCUGACAUUAUAUAUUUUCUUACAUUCUUACUGUCAUGGAUCAGCGGGAGGACAGACUAGCUGCUCUAGAAUUCAAUAAAGUAAAGUUUCUAAUACUGA